AUGGCUCAAGGGCGCGCGAAACGACCACAUCAGAAGAAACGUCGAAUAAAAUGUGACGAGGGGAAACCUGCCUGUCGACAAUGUACCGACUCUUUGCGCAAAUGCGAAGGCUAUCAACCUCCGCAGACAUGGUUGUUCAAACCUCGAAAGGCGUCUGAAGUCAAAGAAGACACCACCACCACCAACAACAAGAACAACACAACAUCCAUGGCCAUUGUUCAAUUUAUUUCUCCUCUUACACCUAUUGGCGAUUCCGAGGAUAGACGUUCUUUUCAAUUUUGGGUCGAACAAGCCGCUCCCAUCUUUUCCUCUUACUUUGGUCACUCUUUCUGGGCUGAGCUGUUACCAAAAAUUGGUGUUGCUCAACCUGCUGUCAAGCACAUGCUGCUUGCUACCUCAUCUGUCGUCGAGGCGUCCGCCCUUGCAGGUGUCCCUCUCGAAAAGAACUCGGUGUAUCAGACCCAUUACACCAAGGCUAUCCAAGCCACCUGCUCGUCUCCCCAGAUCGAGAGCGUUUUGAUGGCUUGUCUUUUAUUCGCCUGUUGCGAAUUCAUGAAAGGUUCAGUCCUACCUGGACUACGGCAUAUACAGGCUGGCCUGAACAUUAUCGAUGAAUGGGUCAAAUCUACCCGAACUUCAGACUUCCAGCUUUCGUCUGGCGCAAAGCUGAUCAUUCAAGCCAUAGCCCCCAUCUUUCUAGCCUACAUUGACAAAGCACCCACAUACGGCAUGGCCGAUCUUCCCAUCAACGAGUGCGCCUGUACCACGCUCAUCAACAGCAGCGCGGAAUUGCCGUGGGUCGACCAUUUCACCAUCAUCCACAGAGCCCAUCAUGCCUUGGAUGGUAUUGGCCACCAUAUUGCAAGAAUGAUGGACUACAGAAGAUCUCAGUGGAGACCAUCCCCACCAGAUCAAGUGGAAAUGUUGCUGGAGUCCUGGCGGACGCACUUUGAAACGUUCGAGUCGAGUCGGAACGAUGCUCAGAGGCAACGAUACGGUCUGGCCCUGCAGCUGCUCCGAGUUCACUACACCAUGCUGUUGGUGAUGCUUCGAGUGUCGUCGAGCAAGCAGGAGAGCGUCUACGAACAAUACACGGAGGAAUUCAAGUGGAUUGUGGACAAGUACGACGCUUUUGCCGAGAUUUGGGCCAGGGACGAGUCGACCAAGUUCUUCUCCGGACUGGGAAAUCUCGAGUACCACAUGGGAUAUAUUCCCCCUCUAUUUCUCACGGCUACCAAAUGCCGGGAUCCAGGCACCCGUCUGGCGGCCUUGAAACACCUCAACGGUCUGCGUGUGGUUGAGAACAACUGGACCAGUUGCACGGCAUACUUGAUUGCCAGGAAGAUUAUCAAGAUUGAAAACACUCGGUCUAUCAAUAACAAACGGGCUGGUCUCAAAGAUGAGCGCGACCUCAUCCGGCCGGUGGAAGCAUUCAUCACCGACAAACGAAGUACACAAGCAGGUCUCAACUACCUGGCGUUCCCCUAUGAUUCGAGUCCGACUUUGCAGGAUACCUUGGAUCUACAGAGUUGUCCCUUCGGCCCCUCGGCGCAGUGGCCAUUGUGCAGAAUCAUCCGCAUCGGAGGAUUUCAAGGAGGAGGUGUCAGACCCCUCUCUACAGGGUGCACCUGUGGGAUUGCGCCGUCGAAGGAUGCCUUGAUCUUCCGACCCAAGACAAAAGUGUGA